CAAUCCAGUCGACACAAGAGCUGCUUAGAAAGGACCAAACUAAAAUACCCGACCCACCCAGAGCACUGACUGUGGUGAGUACAGCUGUCAUCCAGGACUACAGAACACAAGGAAACACCAGAGCCGCACUUCUUUAGGCUCAGAAUGGCUGCUGUGAAGUUUGAGGACCAGUUCCUCUGCUCCAUCUGUCUGGAUCUGUUCACUGAACCAGUGUACACUCCAUGUGGACACAACUUCUGCAAACAGUGUCUCUCUGAGCACUGGGACACCAGCGCCCCCUGCAGGUGCCCUCUGUGUAAAGAACUGUUCCACAUAAAGCCAGAGCUCAAAGUGAACACGCUGCUCUCAGAGCUGCUCUCUCAGUUCAAACAGGAAACAGGAAGUAGUUGUGAACAUGAAUCCAGCGCAGGAGAAGUGUCCUGUGAUUACUGCACUGAUCCCAAACUGAAGGCGCUGAAGUCCUGCCUGGUCUGUCUGUCCUCAUACUGUGAGACGCACCUCCAGCCUCAUCUGAACGUGCCCAAGCUGAGAAGCCACCAGCUGAUCCAACCUGUGGACAACAUGGAGGAGAGGAUGUGUCCCCAACACCACAGACCUCUGGAGCUCUUCUGCUGCAACGACCACCUCUGCGUCUGCACCAUGUGCUCUGUUUUAGAGCACCAGUCCCAUAAGUUUGUGACUCUGAAGGAAGAGUUCGAGCGGAGAAAGGCCUCACUGCAGCAGACUCAGGAGCAGAGCCUGCACAUGGUGGAGCAGAGGAGGGUGAAAAUCCAGGAGCUCCAGAGCUCAGUGCAGCUGAGUGAGAGAGCAGCCAACACAGAGAUGGCCACAGGGCUGCAGGUCUUCAGCGCUCUGAUAGAGUGUGUUGAGAGGAGCAGAGAGGCCUUCAUACAGGAGCUCCAGGAGAGGCAGAGACAGACCCAGAAACAGGCUGAAGCCCUGAUCCUGGAGCUACAGCAGGAGAUCUGUGCUCUGCAGCAGAGAAGCACUGAGGCAGAGACACUCCAACGCUCUGAAGACCACCUGCACUUCCUCCUGCACAGCACUGCACUCACGCCCCCUACUGGCCUGAAGGACUGGAGCAGAGUGACACUGGACACAGAGACGUAUGAGGGGACUGCAGCCCGGGCUCUGACUGAACUGGAGGAGAAACUCACUGCAGAAAUACACAAAGUGUUUAAGGACAAACUGGGGAGAGUGAGACAGUUUGCUGUGGACCUCACUCUGGACACAGACACAGCUAAUGUUAAUCUGUCUGUGUCCAAAGAUCUGAAACAGGUUCAUCACACGGAUCAGAAGAACUUCAGAGACAGUCCUCAGAGAUUUUCAUGGAAAAAUGUUUUAACAAAGCAGAGAUUUUCUUUAGGAAAAUUCUACUUUGAGGUUCAAGUCAAAGGGAAGACUUCAUGGACUGUGGGAGUGGCCAAAGAAUCUGUUCAAAGGAAGAAGAACACUAAGCAAACUCUGACCAGUGAAUAUGGAUACUGGUGCCUUUAUUUGAAAAACAUAGAUGAGUAUGAGGCUUGUUCAGACCCUCCAGUCCCUUUGACUCUGAAGUGUCCUCCUCAGAAGGUGGGGGUGUUUGUGGACUGUGACGAGGGUCUGGUCUCUUUUUAUGACGCUGAUUCUGCAGAUCUCAUCUACUCCUUCACCGGCUGCAGCUUCAAUGAGAAACUGUUUCCAUUUUUAAAUCCUUGUAAUAACUUUGAUGGUAUAAACUCUGCUCCUCUGAUCCUCACUGCAGUGAAAAAAUAUUAAUAAUAUAUCACCAAGGAUGAUAAUUUAGCAUGCUAUCAUUUAAUGAAGAACUCAUUUCAAAUUUCUACUAUUAUUAGGUUAUUUUAGAUCACCAUUGUGUUUUUCAGUGAAGAUAAUUGUUAAAUAAUCAUUAAUCAUCAAAGUGGAGUACUGCACACAUUUUGAAUAUUGUUAGUCCAAAAGAAACAUUUACAGAGAAAGUGUCUGACUGUGUCAUUUACACUUUUUUAUUCAAUAGCACACCAAACACAGACUGAGGAGGCUCUAAAGCAGCUUUGUCUCGUCUCUGCUCUGGGCCCUGUGUCCUGGUGGAGGGGUGGUGCUUGGGCCUCGUCUCUGCUCUGGGCCCUGUGUCCUGGUGGAGGGGUGGUGCUUGGGCGUCAUCUCUCAACUGGUUCGCCUGUAUUCAGUCUCACAUUUUACUAUGUGUAUAGUUUAUGUAUUUUAGCAUGUUUGUGUGCGAGUGUGUGUGUGCAUGUGUACAUGUAUGUGCGUGUGUCUGGGUUGUUUGGUUGUGUGGAGUUGAGCAGUUGUGGGGCUGGGUUGGUGGGUGGGAGGAAGUGUGGGAUUGUUUUUAAUCACUGUCAAGCACUUUGUGUUACAUUUCUUGUAUGAAAAGUGCUUUAUAAAUAACGCUUAAUUGGUUGAUUGAUCGAUUGAUCUAAACUUUGGCCAAACUAAUUUCUGCAUAUUAGUGAGCAUAUAGUACCCAUGUGCUCUUGAGCAGCUCAUCUUUUUACAGGCCUCAAACACAAAUAAUAUGGUGAAAAACGCAGCUUUUAGAAAUAGAAACAGAUCAUAAUGUCUCUGUCACAGCCACAGUCACAGUUACUUUGAUUUAUUAUAACAAGGGCAUAUUUCAUAUUGGUGAUCAUUUAUUGAACAUUUAUUUAACAUUUCAUACUAAAUGAUGUAUUAAAGCACUGCCUAAAUCCUGUUCAUAAAAUCAAU